AGUGCGGCUUUUCUUCUUCGUGUUGCAAGGUUCUAUGCACCAAACCUUUCCUGGCGAGCACAGCGCUCUCUCCCAGAGUCCGCUCCGCUGUAGAGGUGACCUGACUCCUGGAGACAUCCUUUGCAGGUGCAGAAGUCGGCCUCGCAGUUCUCAAUAAUGUCGGAACCAAUCAGAGUCCUUGUGACUGGAGCAGCUGGCCAAAUUGCAUAUUCACUGUUGUACAGUAUUGGAAAUGGAUCUGUGUUUGGUAAAGACCAGCCCAUCAUUCUUGUGCUCCUGGAUAUCACCCCCAUGAUGGGUGUUCUGGACGGUGUUCUGAUGGAACUGCAAGAUUGUGCUCUUCCCCUUCUGAAAGAUGUCAUUGCAACAGACAAAGAAGAGGUUGCCUUCAAAGACCUGGAUGUGGCUGUCCUUGUGGGCUCCAUGCCAAGAAGGGAAGGCAUGGAGAGGAAAGACCUACUGAAAGCAAAUGUCAGAAUCUUCAAAGCCCAGGGUGCUGCCUUGGAGAAAUAUGCCAAGAAAUCAGUUAAGGUCAUUGUUGUGGGGAACCCAGCCAACACAAACUGCCUGACCGCCUCCAAGUCAGCCCCAUCGAUCCCCAAGGAGAACUUCAGUUGCCUGACUCGCUUGGACCACAACAGAGCAAAAUCUCAGAUUGCUCUUAAACUCGGUGUAACUGCUGAGGAUGUAAAGAAUGUCAUUAUCUGGGGAAAUCACUCAUCAACUCAGUAUCCAGAUGUCAAUCAUGCUAAAGUGAAAUUGCAAGGAAAGGAAGUUGGUGUGUAUGAAGCCCUCAAAGAUGACAGCUGGCUCAAGGGAGAGUUCAUCUCGACUGUGCAACAGCGUGGUGCUGCUGUCAUCAAGGCUCGGAAACUGUCCAGUGCAAUGUCUGCAGCGAAAGCCAUCUCUGACCACAUCAGAGACAUCUGGUUUGGAACCCCAGAGGGAGAGUUCGUGUCAAUGGGUGUCAUCUCUGAUGGCAACUCGUAUGGUAUUCCUGAUGAUCUUCUCUACUCGUUCCCUGUCGUGAUCAAGGAUAAGUCCUGGAAGUUUGUUGAAGGCCUCCCUAUUAAUGACUUCUCACGUGAGAAAAUGGACCUUACUGCAAAGGAACUGGCAGAAGAAAAAGAAACUGCUUUUGAAUUUCUCUCCUCUGCGUGACUAGACAAUCAUGUUAAUGUCAGUAAAUAUCCCAAAGCUGAGGAAUCCAAAUGUCGUCUUUGAGCCUAGUCCCAACAGUCAUAAUGGUAUACUCAAAUUGUGAACAGCAUCAUAUUUUAAAUAUUAUGUGCAUCGUGGUAGAGAUUUGUGAAAGUCUAUCAUGCUAUUAGUGUUGAUCUAAAUAAAAAUAUAUUCAAGUGGAA